AUGCCUCGGUGUUCGCUGAAUGGUGGUCCAUACAAAUCCCUGGACCAAGUGUACAGGGACACAACUCAGCCAAACAUAAAUAGUUAUAUUAUGGAUAAAAGGUGUUAUGCUCCCAUGAAAAAAUUAAAAAAAAUCAUCACCAAUGGCCAGUCCAGAAGGAAAUUAGAGCCAUUAUUCGAUAAGAGUAAUGUAACGCUGAGGGUACACACAGAAAUCGUGAGGAAAGCAGCGAAGAUGCCUUCCAUCAAUCCUGAAGAAACUGCCUUGCUUGGUGUGUUACCCAUUGACAGCAUGGACGACAUAGAGCUGAAGAACAUCCAGCUGCAGUUCCCGAGCUCGCGGCGCUUCAGCGGCGAUGGUGGGUGUACGGAGGUGCGCGUGCGCACCGACCGCGGCGACAUACUCGUGGCCGUGCAGGGUGACCGCGCCAAGCCGGCCAUACUGACCUAUCACGACCUCGGCCUGAACUAUGUCUGCUUCCAACCGUUCUUCAACUUCGUGGAUAUGCGGGCCCUGCUGGAGAACUUCUGCGUUUACCACGUGAACGCACCGGGUCAAGAAGAGGGAGCCCCGAGUCUGCCCGAAGAUUACCUGUACCCAUCUAUGGACGAGUUGGCCAACCAAAUAAACUACGUGUUGGGACAUUUCGGCAUUAAAACCUUCAUCGGAUUUGGUGUAGGUGCUGGCGCCAACAUCCUGGCGAGAUUUGCGCUCGUACAUCCCCAAAAGGUCGACGCUCUAGCCCUGAUAAACUGCUCGUCGAACCAAGCCGGCUGGAUUGAAUGGGGGUACCAGAAGAUGAACAGCCGCUCGCUGCGCUCACGCGGCAUGACUCAGACGGUGCUGGAUUAUCUCAUGUGGCAUCACUUUGGACGGUCCUCGGAGGAGCGCAACCACGACCUGAGCCAGAUGUACCGCAUGUACUUCAGCCGCAAUGUGAACCCGACCAAUCUGUCGCUGUUUAUUGAUGCCUACGUGCGUCGUUCGGACCUCGGGAUCAAUCGUGAAGCGGACACCAUCAAGGUUCCCAUCCUGAACAUCACUGGCGCUCUGUCGCCUCAUGUGGAUGACACGGUUACUUUCAAUGGCCGUCUCAACCCAUCUAAGGCGACUUGGAUGAAGAUUUCUGAUUGCGGUAUGGUGCUGGAAGAGCAACCCGGCAAAAUAUCUGAGGCGUUCCGUCUGUUCCUCCAGGGGGAGGGUUACGUGGCACCUCUGUCGCCGACGAAGAUCGUUGCAUUCCGUCGGCUGUCGGAUGCUGAGCGCCGCCGUCCGUGCCGCCAGUCGCCCGUCAUCCGCAUCACAGAGAAUCCCAUCUCAGAGGCGGUUGUCUGUUAAACAACUAUAAUUGUAUUUACCCGGGCUCGCGCAAGGUAUGAAAUAGGGAUCAGGUGCGGAACCAUCUUACUGGCAAAAGCUGUCGUUUCAUGUGAUUAGAUUCAAUAUUCUUUCCACAUUAUAUAUAUUUUUUAUUAAUUAUCUUGUUAUAAAAUUGUGUUAA